GACAGCAGCCGGCGGGCGCGCGAGAGGGACCACUUUUUAAGCGUGGCCGCGGGGAAUCCUGCCAACAGUUUCGCUUUUCAUGCUGCCGGAGAGGAGCAGCAUAGCCGCUUGGGGCUUGUUUGAGAGGUCGCCUUCUCAAGUGCACGACACCACACUCGUCGCUCCCCUCACGUCGCCGCCGUACCGGGACUUUAGACCAUGCUGGCGGCACCGACCCCUCUCCUAGUGCUCGCCGUUCUGAUCGCGGUGGCGGACAGAGGCUCCUGCAAUGCGAAAUGGAGCUACACAGGUGAAUUCGCACCCUACAACUGGGUGAACGUGGACACGAGCCCCAACGUGAACCAGUGCGGCGACAAGUUGCAGUCGCCAGUGGACCUCGACGACCGCUACGCCGAGUACGACCCGGGACUGACGGACAUCACCUUCAGCGGCUACGACCAGGAACUGUACAACCCGUACAUCGUCAACAAUGGACACACAGUGCAAGUCUCGGCGACGGAGGACUCGAACCGGUACAUCGAAGGCGCUCGCCUGCCCGGCCGCUUCCAGUUUGCCCAGUUCCAUCUUCACUGGGGCGCAAACUCGAGCAGAGGGUCGGAGCACACGAUCCGCGGAUUCCAGUACCCGCUCGAGCUUCACUUCGUGCAUUUCAACGUCAAAUACGGCUCCGCCGCCGAAUCCAUGAAGUACGAGGACGGACUCGCUGUCAUAGCCGUCUACUUUGAGGUGAGCCCGACGGCGAACGAAGACAUGAGCGUGGUCGUGGACGCGCUCAAGGAGGUGCGGCUGAGCGACGAGAAGGGCUUCAACCUGCAGAGGCCCGUGGUGCUGAGCCGCUUCCUGCCGCGCAUCACACGCAACUACUUCCGCUACCGGGGCUCGCUGACCACGCCCCCGUGCUCGCAGGCGGUCACCUUCACGGUGAUGACCACCACGGUGCCAAUCAGCGAGGAACAGCUGCAGCAGUUCCGACUCCUGCGCACGGGCAAGGACGAGAACUCGUCGACGCUGGUGGACAACUUCCGGCCCACGUUCCCGCUCAACGGGCGACGCGUGUUCAAGAGCUUCCCGUCGUCGGCCACGCGCCCGGGCCUGGGGCCCGAGGGUUUCCCUUCGGUACUGGUCUGUCUCCUUGCCUUGGGUGGUGGACGGCUGCUGCUGCUGCGAAAGUGAAACUGCUCGGGGUGUGGUGGCCGCCGCUGCUGCUUCUUCUCUGUUCCUCCUCAGACGCCCAAUGCAUCUGGUCUCUCGCACGCACACACACACACACACAUGGGCACUCACACACACACACAGACACGAGAUAGAGAGAGGACACUCGGCGUGCAGGAACCUUGCCUGCUGGACACUGGUUCACAGGACACUUAGAGUAUGUAGUUCUUCUCACGCACCGUAGGUGGCGCACCGCCGUGAACAUCGAGGUCGUCGUUUCCAACUCUCCGGGCCCCUCCGACACCGCGGCUCGCAGAAGAACUCCGAACAGUGCCGUGACACGUUGCGUAGAGUGGAUCGACGCCCGCCCCCCUGUGGCCAGGACAGGAAGUUCUGCGCCGACCACUCGUUGGGACGUAUUCUUUUUUUUUUUUUUUUCUCGCACGUUAACCAAGCCGGUGCUAUACGUCGAUAGGCAAGACGUCGCCGCGAGCGACUCGGUGGUGUUUGAAGCGAGGCAGUUUGUUCGGGUGAUCGUUGUUGUUGCUUGCCAAGUUGACGCGGUAGCGGGGAAAGUUCAGGCGCCGAUUCGACGAAUGUGCACCGACGCCGUGAGCAGUGACAUGUUGUUGAUACGUGCAGAAUACUUGUUUCUCUUUUUUUUUCUUUCUUGAACUCCCAAAAUGACGGAAUGCACCGAGUCACACUUUCGCGAUGCUGGCCACGAUGGUGCGUUUGGCUGGAGGCCACCGGUGCCGCUUUUCCUCCAUUUUCGAAUACGGAGCGCAUUUGAUCGUUUUCAAUAGUAGUAGUCAGCACGUAAGUUGCGAUGACGCGUAGCAUUCUGUAGAAGAUAAGAAACUGCCUUUGUGCGUCCCCAUCAGAAUACAACCUUAGACUAGGGCUAUGCUUGCGGUUAACACUGUCGUUGCUGCCUUUUGCGCAUACGGCACCCUUGUUGGGGACAAACACUAUACGAGACUGCAUGUCACCUGAGAGUCGGAAGUAGGACUUGCCCACCUUCGUCUAUAAGUCCAGCGGGCGCGCAUAUAAUUUCGCGGCGAGUUGGAGACAAGUCAGACAGGUCAGUUUAUUGCGGCAAGAUGCCAGUGACAUCGUUCCUUUUGGACGGUGGAAAAAUUUAGGAGUUUUUAAAUGUGACUCCCGGUGUGUCACGUAGUAGGACCACCUACGGCUGUUUUCGUAAGGUCUACGCGCCGCGAAAACUUCUAUGGGACGUUGAACAAGUUUUUCUAAACAUGGCAGUAGAAAUGUGUGUGCGUGGUUCGUUUGUGAUUAUUCUAUCUAUUUUCUUUGCCUUCUUCAUUGCUCUUGUGCUGCGUUUUACAGACGGACAGCUAGGCUGGUUUGCGCUGUUCCACGUGGUGAGGCGGUAACCACAUGGAGCGUAUUCCCGGCAUACUUGCGGCUUGGCGUCUCCCCGCGUCAGCGUGUCUGCUUUACGCCGCGCCUUGAGCGGAUUUUAUUAUCGGCCGAAACGCGUUUAAUGCGGUCAAUCACUGCAGCGAAUUCGGAAUGGUGUCCACACCGGCAAUGGUAAAUGGCUGCGUUAAAAACGAACGCAAUUAUACGCUUUGUGACGACAAGCCGGAAAUAUACGCUGUAAUUACGUCGCAUGCAUGUGGUUGUCACUUGACAGCCGCUAAAGUAGUCACUGGCAAGGGACUUGUUACGCGUCAGAUCCUCCGUCAACCUGGCAUUAAGAGAUGGAGUAGGCGUGGUUUUCAUUGCAAAAAACGACACUUCUUUUUUUUCUUUUUUUUUCUUCGGAGUUACACUGCCCUUAGAAUCAGGGUGAAAGUUUUCGUCCUUCCUUUAGAUAUAGAAACUAUAACUGUGUAGUUGUUGACAAAAGUGAUUUCCUCAGGCUUCCGGACGAUAUAGUCGCAAAUUGCAACCGUGAAACAAUAAUUAAGGCAGCUGAGCUCGUUAAAGAAAGCAUUCUUAUGAAGUAAGCCAAUCGUAGCGAAGUAAGCAUUUUAAUCGCGGAACUAUGAGAUACAUCGACAAGACGGAAAGCAUUACGGAACUUCCCACUUUGUUUGAUAAAGAAUCCCGUUUUUUUUCUUUUCGUUUUUUAAAGCCAAACACACGCUAUAUGCAGAAUACUAUCGCCCAUGUCGUAGCGUAGAAAAGAAAAGCAAAAAUGUAAACCACGGGGCAGCUGCAUGGUCUAGUUGGUAUUAGAGCAAACGUUAAAUUAUUAUUAUUUGCAGCAAAUCCUUAUGUAACAAAAAUCAAGGCGAGGAAUACUUUUUCGUCAUCCCCACGUAUUUCUUCAUCAUCGUCUUCUUGCUUCCAUUUUUAUUUUGUUAGUAUAUAUUUUUUUUCAGCUAACGCAAACAUUUUGCUGCCAUAUGUGUUUGAGAGGCACCUUCCUCUCUCAACACCUUUUACCAAGUUUUUUUUUUUUUUUACUAAGCUUCUUGCCAAUAGCGCCCCGUCCUUGACGUUUCGUAGUCAUAUAAGUGAGCUAUAGCAUAUGUAUAAUGUUCACAUAGAGCUUACGCAUAAUCCAUGCUUAAGUACGUUCAUACGGCACAGCUUAAUUGCACCAACUUUACCAACAUAUCUUGAGAACAGAGCUGUAUGUGCGUCAGAAGUUAUGGAAGGUUAACCCGGUGCUUGCUUAAUUUUCUAGUGCCAAAAGUAAUAUAUAGCGAGGUGUCCACCAGUGUGCGCACACACGAGCGGUUUUUCCAACUAGGAUACAUGUAAGACAGCGCGUCAUGAACUUACAGAUACGAAAUGAGAAACAACGUGAAACGUUGUUUACGCCCAGUUCCUACAGGAAGGUGAAACACGUGACAUAUUCCAGGAAAUGAGACCUUGGUGCGACACCUUUGCUAUGCGUCAGUGAGCUUCCUGCAAUGCGCAGGGCUGUCAUCAGACUGCGAGAUCUCGCUCGACCGAAGAGCUUUUUUUUUUUGUGCCGUAAGCCGCGGUGUCCACGUACACAUUAUAAUGCUUUUUUUUUGGGGGGGGGGGGGGGGAGGAUUCACACGGGCACCCGAGGUGACAGGGAUCCGUUUGUUGAGUCAGUCGUCAGUCAAUGAGCCAGAUGUUCUUGUCGUGUUGUCAUUUUUAUUAUUAUUAUUAUUAUUUGUCAACGAUCUGCCCUACGCUUAAGGUGCACGUCGGAGAACGGUUUAUAGGGAGCUGCAGCGCCGAAUUGGUGCGAGAUCGAGAGAAAGAAAACGUUAUGUCUUCAGCAUAUUUUUUUUUUCUGUAACGUGCUUGAACCGGCGAGAAUGAGUAGUUGUUUCACAUCUGCAGUUGCCUCGAACCCGGGCCGAGUGAUUUGUCUGAAAGCAGACACCGCUAACCAUCGGCUCUCUAAAGCGCGCGGUCGAACGGACCUACGUUAGCUGGAAGCUAAAAGCGCACGCGGAGGUAGAAGCUUCGUUGUCCCCUCUUUUCACUCGAUGCUUAAAAUGUUUAGUUCUGCUUAAACUGUUGUUGAAAUCUUAGAGUCGCAAGUUCUUUAGUGCGCUUAAAAUAUUUAGUACCUCAGAGUUUCCAAUCGGGAGCUAUUUCCUUGUACAAGAGUGUGAGAGCAUCUGCACCUGCAACUUUCCUAUGGCAUAUGGAACGCUUCAUUUGUUUUAUGCAGAAGUGCAUCAUUCCGGUGGAUUUGGCGUUUGCCUGUAGAGCACCAAAAAAAAAAAAAAUGUGCCCAGCUUCAGUUGCGCUCGUAAAGUUCUCGUAUAAUAGUGUCCGCUGUGGCAACCUCUGUAACUGUUUCCCGAGAGUGACAAAAUUGGUUUUAGUUCAAUUCUCUCUUCAUCACAGGUUGUCGAUGUCAGAUGACCUUUUCCUUUUCCUUUUCUGAUUUUAUAAUACAUGCAUGUCGGGAAUCCAUGAUCGCAGACAGAUUGUUAUGGUGGUAAAGACCGCUGGACACGGUUCCAUCAAGCCACACGAAUUGUAUUUCUGUAACGUACGGCAUCGGUUCCCAAAUUGAAAUGUCCAUCAUCGCGUGACUAUGCGUUCUUUGGCGAAUAGCGCACGCCGACGCGUCCGCGUUGUACAGUGACGAGUAGUAAAAAAAAAGGAUGAUAGAACGAAAAAGAAAGAAAGAAAGAAAAGCAGUGCACGUAGUGCCAGCUGUUGCAUAGCGAGAUAAUAACGCUCCGAGGCGUGAAUGUUGUGUUUUCUGGCAGAGGCUAUUGGGUGCCGUGUAAAUAGCAAUAUUGACUAAACUGUUACCGGAAGCACCUUCCAGUGCAACCGCGUGCGUUGCUAUGCCAUCAUGCUGUCAUAGCGCAGAAAUGGGGAAACGAACGGGUGCAUACGAGCAAAACAACAUUGGUUUGCCAAGACAUGAUGCUCAUCCAGUUGUCAGCUGAGUGAGCUUUAUUACUGAACUUUUAAGACAUCCGACGGUGCAAGCAGCACCUGCCGUUGUUACAGCGCCAAGAGAGUUGCUCUGUUUGUCCACUCCAUACCUAAACGCAGGCUUCCGCUAGGGCUUUUGUUUUGUUUCUACGCGUACGUUGACCGCUUGUUGUGGCGCAGGAGUCCCGCGGUAAGGUUCGAAAGAAACGUUGCCACGUAAACUGCUUUCUUGCGACAAACGUGAAAGUGGUGCAUCGAGUUCCCUCUCCAUUGACGUUUCCGUCAAGAACUAUUCGCUGCUCCCUCAAUUCAUCGCACAAGAACAUAUAAUCGUGUAGAUUUAGUUCUUCGCCCGAGUGACACGGAGGCAUCUUUGCCGUAUUCGUGAAGGUUCGGUUGUUGUGUUGCUGCCGAAAGUUAAUGCGAGAGUUUAGCGUUGUAGCAAAAUGGAGGCGUGCCAUUUUGUUUGUUUCUUUUUGCGUUUUUUGUGAGGGCAGCCGCUUGGCUAGCGUUCUUGUCAUAAUGCAGUUGACGCUCGAAAUGCAAACAUUUGCGCUAAUCGCUUCGCCGUUUAGCUACGUCUUACAUAUAUCGUCUUGCCAGAUCUUUUUCUUAGACUUCUGAUGACUUCCGUGAGUUGCAGUCGAUGAAGCUGCGCGGCGGGCUCGCGAUUUGUCAGAUGUCAGAAGCCCCGCGUCUCCUCGUGUAACAAGCACUUGUGAACGAGCCCGUACACGCUUGUGUCGCGUUAUUGCGCAUGCGCAGCGUAGUCGCGUUACGCAUAUGUGCUCUCAGUUCCUGGCGUCUCCGUAGCAACAAGUCAUUUCGUUUUUCCCUUACAGGUCAUACUUCGUCCGGUGUUGAUUGUUGUUGUUAUCGUUGUUGCUGUUGUUGAUCUUGUAGUGGUUAUUUAAUUGCACGCUCCGGCAUAGAGCAACGCGCCUUGUUUUGUCUACGUUUACGCAGUUAUUACGUUGUUGAGUGAACCGCCCCAGAGAAAUAUUUCGUAAGUACCGCAGCAAUACGAGGAGUGUCUCAAACGAGCUAACCUUAAAUCGGGAAGUCUUCGCAGCACGCCUUUUUUUUUUAGUUGUUUAUAAAUGUCUGAGGGCGGCUGGCUGCAGCGGAGAAGUCAUUGGACGCUUUCGUAGCGCUGACGUCAUCUGCGACGUAGAGUUUCAUACAAUUACUAGAGGGGACUGUGGGCGCUGGUGUCUACAGGAGCUGCGAACAGACCGAUUCAGCCAGCAUGGAAAUGAUGGGUAGUGCAUGGGUCUGCCUAAACAUCGUCCUUUCGGCUAUAGAAGGCUUGGUGACGUUGCAAAACGAUCAUUUUUAAGGAAGUGCUGCGCUAAAAAUAAUAAAGUAAACAUCGUGAAAAUCGUCCGACGGUAGGAUUCAAACACAGGACCUUUAACGCAGAAGCCGUAUAUUGAAACCGUUACGUCCCAGACGCGGGGACAAGCGGAACUACUCCAAUUAUAGCAGCGAUUAUGCGUGCUUGCAGAUCCUUAUUACCUUCUGCAUUAAAAAAAAAAGGAAGUGUAAAUUGGUUUAAAACAGCGUUCGCUUUAGGCCCAGAUGAAGCGUGAUAAAGGAAGCCGCAAGAAUGUCUGAAGCCACAAGUACGAAGAUAAGACAAGUCCAUGUACGCUAACCAUCGUGUACCGUGGUCGGUGAACGAUCGCUGCUCCGACGUUCCCUCUAGUAAUUGUAGUAAACUCGGUGACGCACCUGCGAGAUGUGCGCUCCAGUAACGAAAGCGACAUCGUGCGCCUUCGCACCCGCUGUUUACGAGCUGUGCCAAUCAAAAACGACUCGAUUUGAGGCUAUCUCGCGCGUUAUUUGAAGAAAUACUUGUUAAAAAAAAAAAGAGGCCUAUGUACUAUUAUUCAUGCUGCACGAAACUUGUUACACAUGUCGCGCCCUUCCCUUCGGCCUCCGUUUGUGCCUGGUCGCUUGUUGUUCACCGUUUUGAGCGAGGGGGAAAAAAAGAAGAAAGGAACGCGAAAGAAAGGGCAGAACUAUAAUGUCGCAUCAAAUAAAAGCAAAGUUUAUAUUUAUUCCGCAAUAAAGGACAUGUUCGUUUGACGAA